AUGUCUUCUCAAACUGAACAGGAGCUCUGCUGUUCCGUCUGCCAUGACAUCUUCAGAGACCCUGUCAUCCUGUCGUGCUGCCACAGCUUCUGCAAAGACUGUCUGCAGAUGUGGUGGAAGGAGAAGACGACACACACCUGCCCGCUCUGCAUGAAGAUACCCUCGUCAAGCAAUCCACCUGUUAGUUUAGUACUAAAGAACCUGUGUGAGGCUAUGUUAGAGGAGAAAGCUGCGAGAGGAGGGGCACCAGAGACAGCAGCUGCUGCAGAGGCACCAGAGACAGCAGCUGCUGCAGCAUGUGAGGCUCUCUGCAGUCUGCACUCCGAGAAACUCAAACUCUUCUGUCUGAAUCACGAGGAGCCGGCGUGUCUCGUCUGUCGAGAUUCAAAAGCACACAACAACCACAGAUUCAGACCCAUCGAAGAAGCUGCACAGGAUCUAAAAGAGAAGCUCCAGAUAUCACUUCAGUGCUUACAAGAGAAACUGAAGCUCUUUGAAUCCAUGAAAGCAAACAGUGAACUAACAGUAGAACACAACAGGAUGCAGGUCCAGUAUACAGAGAACCAGAUUACGGAGCAGUUUAAGAAGCUUCACCACUUUCUGUUUGAGGAAGAGGAGGCGAGAAUCACUGCUCUGAAGACAGAAGAGGAGCAGAAGACUCAGAUGAUGAAGAAGAAGAUUGAGGCUUUGAGCAGAAAGAUAGCAGCUCUUUCUCAAACAAUCAGGGCCACACAGGAGGAGCUGAGAGCUGAAGACUCCUUGUUUCUCCAUAACUACAAGGCUGCAGCAGAAAGAACCCGACAGCAACCCCUGCUGGAGGAUCCUGAAGUGGUCUCAGGAGCUCUGAUUGAUGUGGCCAAACAUCUGGGAAACCUGGCCUACAACAUCUGGAACAAAAUGAAGGAGAUGGUCUCCUACUCUCCUGUGAUUCUGGAUCCAAACACUGCUGAAGCUCACCUCUUCAUCUCUGAAGAUCUGACCAGUGUGAGGCAAGGAAGCAAGCAGAAGCUUCCUGAAAACCCAGAAAGGUUUGACAGCUAUUCAGUGGUCCUGGGCUCUGAGGGCUUCGACUCAGGGAUUCACAGCUGGGAUGUUGAGGUUAGCAGUGAUGGAGUUUGGAGUCUCGGUGUGCUGCAGGAGUCCCUUAAGAGAAAGGGACAAUCAGAGACUGGAUUCUGGGAAAUAUGUCUCCAGGAUGGGACAUACACAGCAGCCUCUCCACCACUUCCAAGCAAAGUCCUCCAAGUACAGACACUCCAGAAGGUCCAGGUUCUCCUGCACUGCAAGAAAGGGAAGAUCUCUUUCUUUGAUCUUGAUACCAACACACUCAUACACACCUUUAAAUUCAGUGUCACAGAGAAGCUGUUUCCUUACUUUGAGACCAAGACUAAACCACUGAUGAUACUACCAUCAACCAUCUCUGUAAAUGCAGACAGGCAGCUGCUCCGCUCCAAAAAGUUUGCUCCCAGUUUCAGCCUACAUAAGCAUGUUUAG